CAGCCGCCUACAGCAGCCACUUGUUGCAGCCAAUUGGGGAGACCUGCGCCAGGCCAACGCAGAUUCCAGGGCGUACGAAGAGCUGCGAACACAGCCGCGGUCCGUGCUCCUGCAGCUAUAGUUGAGGGACGCAGCAACUGCAGCAAGCGCCGCAACAAGUUCCAGCAACGACAAAGGACAUACAUCGCCUAUGCUGGGAUCCAGAUUCGACGCGGUCCCUUCAAACAAGGAGGAGGGCUUCGACGAGCUGUUGCUGUUGUUCCGCGAGACGGCGGGCAGCGAGUGGCCCUCGGAGGCCCGCGACUUUGGAGCGGACGACACUGGAGUUCUGGCCUACCGCAGCAGGUGGCGGGCGCCCAGGUGCGACAAGGACGCCGAAGACGCGUCGACGCAGGAGCCAGAUUCCACCACAGACGACGGGGAAGGCAGCGGAACGUCUCCGCUCAACAUCAGUGCCAGUGAGUCUGUGUUCAGCAACCAACUUCGCGCCACCGUCUCCAUACUAAACGGUCAACCUCAACAGGCCACUGAGAUGUCAGCUGCAUGGACUUGUCCUCCUCCAGUGGCCGGGAGCUCUGCUCCCAGUACACGAAAUUCGACGUAUGCUACCCCUUUUCCUAGUACAGAAAAAGCCAGUUGCCCACUGCAGACGCUGGAUGAUCUAAACAGAGCACACUCUUCCCGCAAUAGCUCUGUCUUCGACAUUCCCAUCGCUGGAAGCAGCACCCAAACAUCGUCCAGAUCCGUAUGCUACAUGCCACCUUCCCUGAUUGGCAAUACAGUUAGUGGUGGAGGUGAAUUUUUCGAAAAUGAUCAGCCAACUGAUUUAUCACUGCCAAAAAUAGUGCCGAGAGAUGUGGAACCUGUACAUGCAACAGAAAAAGAUUCCAAUCACGACCAUCCAGCUGAUUUUCCGACAUCCAAAAAACUGCCAAAUGUUUCUAAUAAGUUAAAGGACGACGUCCAUGGCAAUCAGCGACCUCCUACACCGUGUCCUGGUCCUAACAUGAGGGAGAACUACCAAUAUCAGCAAACACCACCACCAGGAUAUCCUUCAUUUGUGGUAAUGGGACCGCCAAACGUUUCAUAUCACGAAUCCAGUGCAGUAAUGGUUGGAGAAGAUGGAAGUUUUGUGGUUUUUCACAGCAUAGUAGUCCCUCCAACUGUUACCCCAUUAGUAUUCCCUGUCCAGCAACCUGAAAUGUGUGAGAGAGGUUCUAACAUCCUGCAUGAGGAGAUUGUCCUAUAUGACUUCAGUGAUGUGUCUGAUGAAGAUGAGCUCGAACAGAACCACCGACCAAAAAUCAUCGAGAUUCAAGAUGGCCAAGCUGUGCAAAACGAACUAUUGGCAAUAGAGUACCAUGCUGUGAAAAAUGAACCAUUGGAAGAAGAUGGUGAGGCUGUGCGAAAUGAACUAUUGGCAAUAGAUUACCAGCCUUUGAAAAAUGAACCACUUCAAGAAGAUGGUGAAGCUGUGCAAAACGAACUACUGGCAAUAGAUUACCAAGCUGUGCAAAAUGAACCAGUGGGAAAGAAUUCAGAAAACGGUGAUGCAGAAUGUGCUGCUGCAGGAAAAGAAAUUAUGCAUGAUGCGAAUAAUGAUGAAAAAGAUGGUGCAGAAAACAGACAUUCACAAAAUGGGGACCAGUUGCAGGAGCAGAAAGAAGUAAACCAGUCAUGUACUGACCAACCACAGUCUGGGCCAUCGGGAGUUGUGCUCAUUAAGGGUUUGCAAUUGUCAUCAUCACCCACAGAGGCAGCAACGUCACCUAAACACCUGGGCAUACCAUCUGAACAAAUAAUUUUGCCAGCUGCACAGCCACAAAUACGGCUGUCGUCUCCACCUGGGGAAUCGUCUUCCCCAACAGUAAAAUCAACUUCAUCCACUAUCAAUAAACCUCCAGAACAAUCGCAGCCUCUAAAUGAGCUGCGACACACUGAGCAGCCACAAGUGGCACGAUCAUCUUUACAGGCAUCCUCGCCAUCUAUACAGCUUCCUAUUUUGUCCAGUGAUCUGUAUAACUCACCUGAAGCAAACAGACCAUUACUUGUGCAACCAAUUCCAGCUUAUGUACAGCAAAACGCAUCACCUCCACACUUGUUACAAAAACAGUCUAACCCUCUACAGUCUCCAGGACCUGAUGUACAGACCGUACAAAUAUCACCACCAGCUGUGCAAGCAAGCACAUCAUCAGGAAGAUCAGAUUUGUCAUCUGCUCGAAAGUCGUCAAUCAAGACAAAUCCAUCAUGUAGUUCCGUAUCGGAGGACCAUGCAGUCAAGAAGGUGAACUCUCUGCCAUUGUCUGACAAGCCUAUGCCCAUACAGCUUGCACUGCCACACUCACCAUUGGUACAGCCGGCAGCAUCAGCAGUGGCAAAUGACUUGCCUCUAGAUCAAGCUGAGCACCAGCCAGUACCAUCUGUUUCCAUCACUACAGUGUGUGAUAAAUCACUAGAGCCAUCUAUGCAACUGCUUGUUUCACCAAUUCCAUCCCCGACGCAGAAAAAAAGGGAUCAAGUCUCAGAUGACAGUACAUCAGCUACACAGCUGUCAUCAGCUUCAACAUCAAGCCCAACUACUCCAUCUUCACAAGCAAAUUCCUCACAGCCUCCCACAGCUAGUCCACCUGCUGGGAGGCAUCAGGUCCAAUCUCCACCUAUGGCGGUGGGGCAAGACUCUCCUCUGCAGUUACCGGAAUUUUCAUCACCAGAGCAUCAGGUCCAAUCUCCACCUAACACUGUGGGGCAAGACUCUCCUCUGCAGUUACCUGAAUUUUCAAUGUCAUUACUGUAUCCUCGGUCACCUGAACUGAGUGGAGUAGCGACAAAAUCUAAAGCGAUUGUAAAGAGGAGCAGAGAGCCAUGGGACCACAAAGGCCUAUUUAGAUUUGUUGCUUCCUUUGCUUUUAGCUUGCCACGCCACAUUUGGAUUCAGCGGAGAGAAGGUGAACCUAGACGAAGUGUUCGGAUUGCUGAAAAGCUGAAGGCCAAAAGAUAUUUACUGCGUCCAAGAUUCCCUGCUAAGAGAGGAACUGGUGAAUGAAGUGUCUGACAGCAUA